AUGGGGAGGGAAGGCCAUUCCACAUCACUAGGAUCAGAUAGUAGGGCACAGCAUGUAAAUGAGGUACGUAAACAACAAGGUAAUCCAUCUUCCAUUAAGUUGUCAUGUCCAAGGUGGGAGAAGGAUAUUGAGGACAGGAAUCGUCCAUUGACCGAUGAAGAGUUGGAUGCUAUGUUUCCCCAGGAGGGCUACAAAAUUUUGGAGCCCCCAGCUUCCUAUGUCCCAAUUAGAACUCCUGCUAGGAAGCUUCUUGCCACCCCAACGCCAAUUGGCACACCUCUGUAUAAUAUCCCUGAAGAAAAUCGAGGUCAGCAGUUUGAUGUGCCGAAAGAGAUGCCUGGUGGACUGCCUUUCAUGAAGCCUGAAGACUAUCAAUAUUGUGCACUGUUGAAUGAAGAAAACGAAGAGGAAUUGUCUCUGGAAGAGCAGAAAGAACGAAAGAUAAUGAAACUGCUGCUCAAGGUUAAGAAUGGCACGCCACCUCAGAGGAAAACAGCUCUGCGGCAGUUAACUGAUAAGGCCAGAGAGUUUGGUGCUGGGCCACUGUUCAAUCGGAUUCUUCCGUUGCUCAUGCAACCGACAUUGGAGGACCAAGAAAGACAUUUACUGGUGAAGGUCAUUGAUAGGGUGCUUUACAAAUUGGAUGAGUUGGUGCGUCCAUAUGUGCACAAAAUUCUUGUGGUGAUCGCGUUGCUGAUUGAUGAGGAUUAUUAUGCCCGUGUAGAAGGUAGGGAAAUUAUCUCCAAUCUCAGCAAGGCUGCUGGGUUGGCAACUAUGAUUGCUGCAAUGCGCCCUGAUAUUGACAAUAUCGAUGAGUAUGUAAGAAACACUACUGCAAGAGCAUUCAGUGUUGUUGCCUCUGCACUUGGAAUUCCUGCUUUGUUACCUUUUCUGAAGGCAGUGUGUCAGAGUAAGAAGUCUUGGCAAGCCCGUCACACAGGUAUCAAAAUUGUUCAGCAGAUUGCUAUUUUGAUUGGUUGUGCUGUUCUUCCACACUUGAGGUCUCUUGUAGAAAUCAUAGAACAUGGUCUUAAUGAUGAGAAUCAGAAGGUUAGAACUAUCACAGCUCUUUCCCUUGCUGCUCUUGCUGAGGCAGCUGCCCCAUAUGGUAUUGAGAGCUUCGAUUCAGUGUUGAAGCCUCUCUGGAAGGGUAUUAGAUCUCACCGAGGGAAGGUUUUGGCAGCCUUUUUGAAAGCCAUCGGUUUCAUCAUCCCUCUCAUGGAUGCUAUAUAUGCUAGUUACUAUACCAAGGAAGUGAUGCAUAUACUGAUCCGUGAGUUUCAGUCGCCUGAUGAAGAAAUGAAGAAAAUUGUUUUAAAAGUUGUGAAGCAGUGUGUGAGCACUGAAGGUGUUGAGCCAGACUACAUCAGGAAUGACAUUCUCCCUGAGUUCUUCCGCAACUUCUGGGUGAGAAGAAUGGCUUUGGACCGCAGAAAUUACAGGCAACUUGUUGAUACUACUGUUGAGAUAGCAAACAAAGUUGGGGUUGCUGAUAUAGUGGGUAGGAUUGUUGAAGAUCUCAAGGAUGAGAGUGAGCCUUAUAGGAGGAUGGUCAUGGAGACAAUUGAAAAGGUGGUUGCAAAUCUGGGCGCGUCUGAUAUUGAUGCUCGCUUAGAAGAGCUGUUGAUUGAUGGGAUUCUCUACGCAUUCCAAGAGCAAACCAGUGAUGAUGCAAAUGUGAUGUUGAAUGGUUUUGGAGCUGUUGUUAAUGCUCUUGGGCAGAGAGUGAAGCCUUACCUUCCGCAAAUAUGUGGGACUAUUAAAUGGCGUUUAAAUAAUAAGAGUGCAAAGGUCAGACAACAAGCUGCAGAUCUUAUAUCAAGGAUUGCUGUGGUGAUGAAGCAGUGUGGAGAAGAACAACUGAUGGGCCAUCUUGGUGUCGUUUUGUAUGAGUAUUUGGGGGAAGAGUACCCAGAAGUUCUGGGAUCAAUAUUGGGUGCUCUGAAAGCUAUUGUUAAUGUCAUUGGUAUGACUAAAAUGACUCCUCCAAUAAAGGAUUUACUUCCUCGCUUGACUCCAAUUUUGAAAAAUCGUCAUGAGAAAGUCCAGGAGAACUGCAUUGAUCUUGUUGGUCGAAUUGCUGACCGUGGAGCAGAAUUUGUUCCUGCCAGAGAAUGGAUGAGGAUUUGUUUUGAGCUUCUUGAGAUGCUCAAAGCCCACAAAAAGGGUAUUCGUCGAGCAACAGUCAACACUUUUGGGUAUAUUGCAAAAGCUAUUGGUCCACAAGACGUCCUUGCAACACUGUUGAAUAAUCUCAAAGUUCAGGAACGUCAGAACCGUGUCUGCACAACUGUCGCAAUUGCUAUAGUUGCUGAAACUUGUUCUCCCUUUACAGUUUUACCUGCGCUGAUGAAUGAAUAUCGUGUACCUGAGCUUAAUGUUCAGAAUGGUGUUCUGAAGUCCUUCUUCCUCUUUGAGUAUAUUGGUGAAAUGGGUAAAGACUAUAUCUAUGCAGUUACUCCAUUGCUGGAGGAUGCUCUCAUGGAUAGAGACUUGGUCCACCGGCAAACUGCUGCUUCAGCAGUGAAGCACAUGGCUUUAGGAGUUGCUGGACUUGGGUGUGAGGAUGCUUUGAUUCAUUUAAUGAAUUAUGUCUGGCCAAAUAUUUUUGAGACAUCACCACAUGUUAUUAAUGCGGUUAUGGAAGCCAUUGAAGGAAUGAGGGUGGCUCUUGGAGCAGCAAUCGUCCUUAAUUACUGUCUUCAGGGGCUAUUUCAUCCAGCAAGGAAGGUGAGAGAGGUGUACUGGAAAAUCUACAAUUCACUGUAUAUUGGUGCUCAGGAUGCCCUUGUGGCUGCUUAUCCGAUGCUGGAUGAUGAAGAAAACAAUGUAUACAGUAGGCCUGAGUUGGUGAUGUUUGUAUGAGGCUGGAUCGUGUUUUAGAUGAAGCUAGGGAAGGUCCAGUGGUUUAAAAUAUGUAAGAGUGGCUAGCUGUUGCUUUUCGAGCUGCUGCUGGUUUUCUUUAUAUGCUCUAAUAAGAGUUGUCUUGCGUUCUUGUAAUUCUCUUGAAUUCAGCAGUUAGAUUUGAAAAAAAUGUUCGUUGAGACUUCAACUAUUAGAAUGCUUAAUCUGUUCUUGUGUGUUUUAA